AUGCAUCAUCUCUCUACAGAGAAUAUCAUCUUAAAACUGCGCUGCCAAGGCCUUGAAGAAGCUCUACAACUAGAGAAGAAGAAGCGCCAGCGAGGCAAGCCUCUUCUGUUUGAAUUACGAGCUCCUGAGGAUGGUUACGCGGUGUUUUACUCUCCUAAGAAGAUUCAGCAAGCCCGUGAUCUUCAAGCGGAGAAAGAUGAAGCUUUACAACUUGCCAAGACUUCAAAAGAGGAAGAAAGGCUUCGUAAACAGCGCGAUAAAGAAGAAAAGAGGCUUUUAAUCGAAGAGCGCAAGCGAAUCCGCGCUUCAAAUAAAGAAAUUCGACUUCGAGAGGCGGAGGCAAAGAAGCGUAAAAAACAGGAUGAUCAGCUCGCUAAACAGGCCGAUAUACAGCUUCAAAAUGACUUCAAUUCGGCUCAGCGAGGCAAAA